UGAUUCGCUAUCACUCGCUCUAUUAACUUGCUUCUUUGGUUAGAAGGAAAAAACGUCAACAAAACGUCGUUUUAUCAGUUUUUAACUUAAAACAAAUUUUUUUAAAAAUCAAAAGUAGUUGCUGCAACGUUUGUUGUAAUUCUUAGCUAACAUUUGAAUUGAAAACAAUCAAAUUAAUCAACAACGCCACCCCAAACAAGGAUUAAAUUGUGAGAUUAUCCUCGUCAAGUGCAAAGUGAAAAUUCAAAAGUAAAGUAAAAAAAAUUGUGUUUUGAAAUAAAACAAAAAUUUUGGACAAGCAACCGUAGACAUACAAACGAUUCGCAACGAGAUCUACACAUAGUUAAAUCUCCUCAACAAAUAGAAGCAAGUUCAACGCCAACAAAUAAGCAGUGAAAGAAAAGUGCAUUUUUCAAAAAGGCUUAUUUUCAUCAUCCUAAAUCAAGUUAAAUCAACUCUCUUACGCCAACAAAAAGUAUUAAGUGCUAACUUUAAACAGUUGUCACUGAAUUAAAUUUUUGGAAAGCAGAAAAUCUUAGAGGUUCUAUACCCCUGAUCUACAUAUCUGGAAGCAAUACUUUUUGUUAUUCACACUUCAACAAACAAAACAAACUAAACAAAAUGAUGGCUGUAGCUGCUGCCCAAAAGAACCGCGAAAUGUUCGCUAUCAAAAAAUCCUACAGUAUUGAGAAUGGUUAUCCCUCUCGCCGCCGCUCUUUGGUGGACGAUGCUCGUUUUGAAAGUUUGGUCGUUAAACAAAACAAACAAAUUGUUUUGGAGGAGGCCCGCAACAAAGCCAAUGAUGGUUCAUUGGAAGAUGCCAUUUUGCAAGCCAAGGGUGAACAUGCCCCCACUCAAGAACAAAUCGAAUUGCAAGAUGAACAACCUCUAGAGAAUCUAGACGUUGUCGAUGACAUUCCUCAAACAGAAUUCAAUGAAGUCACAAUUGAAAAUGAUAUACCAGCUGAAUCUGAACAAACUCAGGAAAAUAAUGAUAGUGAAGAAUCUAGUGAUAAAAUUAAUACAGAUGAUGCUGGUUUAACUGAAGAUGAAAUUGUCUUGGCCAAUGCUGCCAGUGAAUCUGCCGAAGCUGAAAACGCCGUGCAAAAUGCCGCUUUGAUUGUGCGCCUUAAGGAGGGCAUCACCUCUUUGGGCCGCAUCUUGAAAGCCAUUGAGAACUACCAUGGCACCAUUCAACAUGUUGAAUCUCGCCAAUCUCGCUCCGAUGGUGUGGAUCAUGAUGUCUUGAUCAAAUUGAGCAUGACCCGUGGCAAUCUGUUGCAAUUGAUACGCUCGCUGCGCCAAACCGGCUCCUUCAGCAGCAUCAACUUGAUGGCCGAGAACAAUAUCAGUGUUAAGGCUCCUUGGUUCCCCAAACAUGCUUCGGAAUUGGACAACUGCAACCAUUUGAUGACCAAAUACGAACCCGAUUUGGACAUGAACCACCCAGGCUUCGCUGAUAAAGUCUAUCGUCAACGUCGCAAGGAAAUUGCCGAAAUUGCUUUCGCCUACAAAUACGGAGAUCCAAUUCCCCACAUCAACUACACCGAAGUUGAGGUCAAGACCUGGCGCUCCGUAUUCCGCAUGGUCAAGGAUUUGACUCCCAAACACGCCUGCAUGGAAUAUCGUGUUGCCUUCAAGAAAUUGGAGGAAGAGAAAAUCUUUGUCGAGGAUCGUCUGCCACAAUUGCAAGAGAUGUCCGAUUUCUUGCGCAGAAACACCGGCUUCACUUUGAGACCAGCUGCUGGUUUGUUGACUGCUCGUGACUUUUUGGCUUCGUUGGCAUUCCGCAUCUUCCAGAGCACACAAUAUGUGCGCCAUGUGAACUCACCCUUCCACACACCUGAACCUGAUUGCAUCCAUGAAUUGUUGGGUCAUAUGCCUUUGUUGUCUGAUCCCAGCUUUGCUCAAUUCUCUCAGGAAAUUGGUUUGGCUUCAUUGGGUGCUUCAGAUGAUGAAAUUGAAAAAUUAUCUACCGUCUACUGGUUCACCGUUGAAUUCGGUCUCUGCAAGGAACAUGGUGAUGUCAAGGCCUACGGUGCUGGUCUUUUGUCUGCCUAUGGUGAGCUUUUGCAUGCCAUCUCCGACAAAUGCGAACAUCGUCCCUUCGAACCCGCCUCCACAGCUGUGCAACCCUAUCAGGAUCAAGAAUACCAGCCCAUUUACUAUGUAGCCGAGAGCUUCGAUGAUGCCAAGGACAAAUUCCGUCGUUGGGUCUCUGGCAUGUCCCGCCCCUUCGAAGUGCGCUUCAAUCCACACACUGAACGCGUCGAAAUCUUGGACACCGUUGAGAAAUUGGACACUUUGUUGCAUCAAAUGAACACAGAAAUCCUACAUCUGACCAAUGCCAUUAACAAAAUGCGCCGCCCCUUCUAAAUAGGGGUUGUGUCAGGAGGGAGAAAGAUUUAAAGCAAGCAAACACAGAACAUUAAAAUACUUUCAUCAUUUCCAAAACUCAUUCUCAAAGCCAAAAAACGCAAAAACGAAAAAACAACAACAACAAGCGUAGCUCUACAGCGAAUAAGGACCUGCCUUCUGUUCUUUUGUUUUGUUUAGCAACGGUUGGUGUGAAUAUCAUUAAACCACAAGAAAGCAACAACGAGUUACGUUUAGUAUUUAAAGUUAAACAGAAAAUUCUACUACAAUCCCUCUACCCCUCCUCCAAAAAAAAACCUAAAGUAUUCUUUUUAAUGUACAACAACAAAACCAACUUGAAAAACUCAUAGCAAAUCAUAAACCCCCCACCCACACCCCUAGACCCACCAGCACCCACCACCUCAAGCAAUCCUCACUUACUCCAUUUUUUUUAGCAUCUUUACUUUGUUUAUAGAAAUUUCCAUCGUUUUUUUUUUGUCAUCUACACACCUUUGAUUAAUUUAAUUUAUUAUGAAUAUUUUGCCUUGUGUUUUUGUCAACCUAUCAUUGGACCAAAAAACUUUAGUUUUGUAAGCCAAUUCUCAUUGUACUCAUCUUCAUGUUGUCUAUCCACAUUUUUGUUCAAAUCCAUAAUUAUGAAAAAUUUUGUUAAUUAUUGUAUUAUUUUAUUCUUUUUUUUCUUCAUUUUAUUUUUAUAAUGAUUUUCCUUGAAUUUCCUCCCUGUGAAUGGGGAGGAGAGUGAAAGAAUUUAUUAUGAUGAAGACGAUGAUAUUGAUAUGGGUUUGAAACACCUACUCCUCUUUUUUAUGUAAUAUUUUUUUUUUAUUAAUUAAUUUUAUGUAUUAAAUGUAACUAUUAUUAUUUUUUGUGUAUUAAACUAGGUAUGUAGAUUUAUAUAUAGUAUUAU